UGAAUGAAACAUUGUGACAUUUAAUUUAAUUGCCCUGGUAGCUGUAAUGCUAGCUAAGCUAAAGCGCUGCCCCCACUGUUGUUCGAGGAGUUGACAUGGUAAGGCCCAGUCGGCUGUGUAAACGGGUGGCACUAGGACCCCGCAGACACCUAGCACUGACGGAAGAGCAGGCGGAGAAAGGUGAAGUUACCCUCAGACUACUGAUCAGAGGUCCGUUUUGAAAUUCCGCCAACUGAGCACAAGGUUAAGAAAAGGGGCUGGUGACACCGAUCCCCGGUCAGUUAAUCAAAAUUACGAAGCUACGCAUCUUGUUAACGACGUAAAAUGAUAAACAUAGACGUCUGGGCUUUAGCUAGCACAAAGAGUUGACCUGUGCAAGAUAUUAUAAUGGUACCCAAGUUAAAAACCCUCAUUAUUACACCCACUAAUCCUUCUAAGCUACCUAAAUGGCCAGUUGUUGCUGUUUGGGAUAUCGCUGCCCCGCGGCUUUGAUGCAGCUAAGAGCAAAGAUCCAGACCAGACGUCCAUUAUAAUCCGCAGUGUCAACUGCUCCAUUCAACUCCUUGUGGUGCAGUUUGCUCCAUAAGCGAGCCGGUUUGCACCCCCGCUAUGCAAGCGAACACAACGCGGGGCUUCUUGUGGUCGGACGUGGAGACGAGGACCUUGUUGAACAUCUGGGGGGAGCAGGACAUCCAGGUGGCGCUGGAUGGAAACUUCCGAAACAGCUUCGUGUACCGCGACGUGUCCCGGAGGCUGGGGGCGAUGGGGUUUGAGAGGACGCCGGAGCAAUGCAGGGUGCGGAUCAAAAGCCUCAAGAGACAGUACUUGUUAGCGAAGGAAGGUAAUCUCCGCAACAACGGACAGUAUCACAAGAUCUGUAAGUUUUAUGACACCAUGGAGAGGAUUUUGAGCAACCGGGCCGCUCUUGAUCCUCAGGAGUUCAUAGACGGCGGGGCGGGAGGAGAGGAGGCCGUGGACGGCCUGGAGGAGGAUGGAGAAGAUGCGUACUCGGAGAGCACAGGGGAGUGUCCCUAUCCCGCAGAAACCGAAGUGAAGCUGGAAUACCCAACUGUUCCCAUCCCUAUUCCAGUUAAAGAGACAGUGGGCAUUAACAGCACUCCAGUGAGACCACACAACAGCAGCCAGUCGGCCAGCAACCUGUCAACUAGAACGCCUAAACGGCCGAGGAAGCGGCGCGCUAACUUCCCCAUGGAGAAACUGAUGGAGCAGUUCCUGGAGCAGAGCGCCCAGGCCGAGGACAACUUCUACCGGAUGGAGGAGCAGCGCUUACAGGUGGAAGACCGGCGCAGGGAAGCCGAGCACGCCAGGGAGCUGCACAUGCUCCAGAUGCUCGGGCAGAUGUUCUCCAGCGUCUCCUCGGCCAGACCCGGCUCUGCUGCCACUCCCUCCAAAACAGCUCCGCCUGCCCAUGCUCCCACGCUCCCAGUGUACACUACCCCGUCGUGUACACGUGGCCAGUCCGGUCAUCUCAGACGCCACCCACCCCAGACAGACUGUUUCACCCAAAAAAAUCCACUGGUGACCCCAGAACCCCCGGGAUUAGUGUUUGAACGCUACUACAGUUUGGGGUCUACGUCACACAGAGGCAUGGAGGAUGACAUCCUCUCACUGGUAAAGAAUAUAGUGCCUCCACUGACGUCCAAAAAGCACAAGGGACACGAUGGACGUAUCGGGAUCAUUGGAGGAUGCCAAGACUAUACUGGAGCUCCAUACUUUGCCGCCAUCUCAGCAUUGAAAGUGGGGGCUGACUUGGCUCAUGUGUUCUGCACCAAAGAUGCUGCAACUGUGAUCAAAUCAUACAGCCCUGAGCUCAUAGUUCAUCCUGUUCUGGACAGCCCUAAUGCAGUGGAAGAGAUAGAAAAAUGGCUCCCAAGACUUCACGGCCUUGUGGUGGGACCAGGUCUAGGGAGAGAAGACGCAUUACUGAAAACAGCCAAGGAGGUGAUAGAGAAGUCUAAAGCGAGAGAUAUCCCGAUAGUCAUUGAUGCAGACGGAUUAUGGCUAGUUACACAGCAACCAUCUGUUAUCCAAGGGUACCCGAAGGGAAUCCUCACACCUAACUUCAUGGAGUUUACUCGGCUAUAUGAGGCUCUGCACCACGAGCCCAUGGACAUCAGUGAUCAUCAACGCAGCGUCAUGCAGCUCAGUGUAGCCAUGGGCAACCUCACUAUGGUGCUAAAAGGAGAACAUGAUCUCAUUACAGACGGCAGUAAGGUGAUCUCGUGCAGCAUUGCGGGCAGUGGGAGGAGAUGUGGUGGACAGGGUGAUCUUCUAUCUGGAGCUAUGGGGGUUUUGGCCCACUGGGCCCAUGCUGCCUCUGCAGCUGGAAUGAGCAGAAGUGUAAAUCCAUCAGUGGUUGCAGCAUUCGGGGCUUGUUCUCUUACAAGGCAGUGUAACAGUCAAGCAUUCCAGCGACAUGGCAGGUCCACCACCACAUCGGACAUGAUCCAGGAGAUUGGCUCAGCCUUCAAAAAGCUAUUUGAAAGCUGAAACCAGCCAACUGAAAAUUGUUUUAAAAGCUAUACACAUACUGUACAUACUCAAGUUUGCAUUGUUGAUAACUGCUAAUAUAGCCUAUGGAUGGGCUGGUGGAAAAAAAAUUCUCAUCAAGCUGAAUUUGAAUGAAGUUAAGACGACUCUCAAAUUCCGGUGCAAAAAAAAAGUACACACUGACUUGUUGUUUGUUGUAUUAAAUGAACCCUGUAUGAAAACCAACAAAUAUGGUCUUCCAUUUAUGAAGUAUUAUUAUGAAUGCAUUCACCAAACAUGCUGAGGUAGCUACAUUUUUUUACAAACCACCAAAGACACUGAGAUGGUAAGAUAAUUAGGGCCACUGUAAACCAGA